AUGACCGAAAAGAAGCGUCUUGCUAACGAAGACUUUAGUGAUGUAUGGAAAGAUAAUAAAAAUACGCUCACAUCAGGAUUAAAACUUGAUCUUGUUGAGCAUUUAUCAAGACAACGUUUAACCCAAGUUUGGGUUUAUGCAAAAGAACGUGUUAUUAAAAUUAUGAAACUGGAUCAAUUUGAUAAUUCACAAGAAAUUAAAAUUCUUGAUAUUGAAUAUGGUUUAGGUAUUCAUUUAAUGUUAGUAGCAGAAGAAGGUGGUCGUUUAGGUAAAACAUUUUCAAUUAUUGGUUUAGAUCAAAAUACAACUAUGCUUGAAGAAGAAGAAAAAACAUUAGAAGGUGGUGUUGGAAAUAUUUAUAGCCCCGACGAAGUUCUGAUUCAAACAUAUGAUGCUAUUUUACCAAUUAAAAGAGAUGGGGGAACUGCUAUUUGUUUACAAUUUAUGUUACCAAAAAUGAAUUUUGAAAUCAAAAGUUCGAAUCCAAUAGCUUUUCUUCAAUCAGGUUAUUUCUUAGCAAGUCAAGAUAAAUAUGAGGUUAAAGUUUGA